CGACAAAUGGUCGAAAAAGCCCUUUGAUUUUUUUUUGUUGUCAAAAAAACGAAAGGGGCAUCUUGACUCUCUUUUCUCUAUUUUAUUAAGCGUGUUGGGGCUUGGGAUGUGUGUGUAUGUGUGAUUCAGUGUGUAUACAUGCAUUCUUUGUAUAAACCAUCCCCCCUUUUUUUUUAAUGAUUUUAUAACAAAUAAGCAUAGUUGCUGACUCCUUUCAUAUUUAACAACUUGUAUUUACAUUAGUAAAGAAAGCCCUUAAAAAAACACUCUCACAACAGAGAACAAAAAAAAAAAAAAUUACAUGGAACCUUCUCACCUUCUAUUACAACAGAUUUCAAGUCCAUUCAAAAAGAUGAUGUCAAACAAUAAUCUUUGAAAUUUAACGGAGAAAUGUCUACUUUUGUAUUUGCACCAAGUUGGAUAUCCUAUCCAAACAAACCAAAAAGAACCGACGACCAUUUCCCAAGUUCACAUUGUGAGCACAUCAGUGAAAACACGACGACAGCUUUGAAAAACGAGCAACAUUAUCCUCCUUUAGUCACCAAAAGCACUAAAACAAACACCAGCAAUAACGUAUGGUCUAAUGCAAAACUCAUACGUAAGAUACACAGUCCCACGGAUCAGACCACUGACGAUGAUUCCGAUGACGACCAUGAAGAAGUAGCAAGAGCUUCUGUUGCAGCAACAAGGACAACGGAAUGGGAGAGGCUGAAAGCGCUCGUUCCGAAAACAACAAAGAAGAAUACUUGUAGAAAUUCAUUCUCGACUUCGGACAUAGCGACCACCACUAUCACCACCACGCGCCAUCAUCAUUCCAAACAUCUCAAACAAACCAUCCUCUCUCAGUCGACUGUACCUAAUACUCUGACAAAUACGAAGAGUACCACUCUGAAUCACUCCCUUGCUAAUAACAAACCAAUAGGGACAAAAAAGAGAUUACCUCAUAGUCAUUCUGCUGUUCUUUGGCAGGACAGUAGCUCCCAACGACAACAGCAUAAGGAUGAGACAGGUCGAUUACAGCCUCCCACAUCCACCUCUUCAAGUCCAGUCAUCACGCGAAAACGAUCCAUUGCCAAAGAUGAAGUGGUAGGUCAUGCAAAAGCUGCAAAAGAAGAAGCAGUAACAGUAAAAGGCAUCCACCAAAAAUCAAACUUAGAGCCAACCAGCACGAUGGCUUUAAAAGAGGAUGUUAUAUCAGAAGAAGAGCAACAAAGUUUUAUUUGCUUUAUAAAAGCUUGGACUACUUACGGCACUUUAUCCACAUCGUCGCUAGUCGAUGGAAAUACAGAAGCAGGCAGCAGAAAAACAACAAGGCAGCCCUUGAAAACCUAUUACAGCUAUUUCAACUGUUACAGCGACAGUGAUGCAUCUUUGAAAAGUAACCAUUGUAUCCACAGGAACAGUCAUUGCAGUAACGGUCAGAAUCCCAUGACUUCCCAGACGAAAUCUCGUGAACAUGCUGACAUAUCACACUCUUUGAUCAACACUCGUCCAUCGACAUCCAAUUCUUACUUUUAUUACAACCCUUUUCAUCUAUAAAAUAGAC